AUGAGUUCAACGACAGCUACAAAGACUGUGGAGAAGUUGAGGACAGUGUUUGCCGCCUUCGGAUUGCCUGAAGUGUUGGUGUCCGACAAUGGACCACCGUUUCUUUCUGCAGAGUUCGCAGAUUUCCUGUCCGCGAACGGAAUCGUCCACAAGAAGAUACCUCCCUACCACCCUGCAUCAAACGGGGCAGCGGAACGUCUCGUCCAGACAGUAAAGAAGAACCUUCUCAUGCAGAUGCAGGAUGAGGACCAGUUGAAGACUACAAGAAGUGUCCAACAUCGUCUGGAUCAGUUUUUGUUUACUUACAGAAACACUCCAAGCCCAACAACAGGCAAGACGCCGUCGGAGUUGUUUUUGUCAUGGACUCCGAGAACCAGGUUAAGCCUUCUCUACCCGAACCUUCACAAGAGACUGGAGCAUCAUAAAUCAAGAGAGAAGAUGACAGCAGACGACUCGAGGGGGCCCUGGAGGGAAUUUGAGGCAGGUGACGCAGUAAGGGUCAAGGGCAGCAGACCUUCCGACCCGGAGUGGCUUCCGGGACGAAUCACACGAAGAGUCAGCACUGCGACGUACACUGUAAGAAUCAAUAACGAAGAAAGAUUUGUCCACGUAGACGACACCGCUACUGCCACGUUCCGUGAGCCAGGCCCAACCAUUCCGCUGCACUCGCCCCCAGGAGAAGACUACGUCAGCAGCCGUGCCGACCUCGCAGAGCAGCAUGGACAUGACUCGUGCAGAGGACCCUCUUUCCCCUACGUCCGAAAGGGUCAGUCCUCAAGAGACCACGGACAAGACCAGCCACGUCCCCUCGACAGAGACUCAAGGUGA